AUGUCAACGCCGGCACAAAAAGCAAACCUUGCCCGGAUUAGAGAUAAUCAGAGGAGAUCCCGGGCCCGCAGAAGAGAGUAUCUCCAAGAGCUGGAGCAACGACUCCGAGUGUAUGAGUUGCAGGGUGUCGAGGCGUCCUCAGAGGUGCAACAUGCUGCGCGGAGGGUUGCAGAGGAGAACAGACAACUCCGUGGUCUUCUCAACCGACAUGGGAUCAGCGAUGAUUACAUUACUAGUUACUUGCACUCGGGUACAGCAUCGCAGACCGAUCCGACAGCAAUAUCGCACUUCACCCCCAACACUCACAGCGAUAGUGUCCAAUCCCUUCAGCAGGUUAUAGCACCCCGGAGACCUACAGCUCUCGAGACUGGCGUAUCUUACGGCCUCCCUCCGCAGGAAAGCCGUGAACCAUCUAUCGCAAGUGGAUCUACAAGCAGUUCUUCUAUAUGGGAAUCUGGCCAAGCUAUCCAGCCACCUUCAGCAUACGCCCGGCCACUUCCCUCCAACGUCCCUACACCAGUACCGAGGCAGUCGAUAACUUCAUCAAUGCAUCCCCAGCAAUACACCUCUCAAAUGUUCCCUGAUCCUCAAGUUUCACGGACCGAAAGCUACCACGCUAUCGCUACCCCUGGGUCUUUGAUGGGUGAUCCCCGGCGACACAGCUACUCUGUGGCACCCAUGCCUGGGGAUGUCUCGUCAACGAUGGGUUAUAGCAUUCCCAUGAAUUCCUUUCACAACCCUGUAGGACAAGAUGGUGGCCCCUCAGGACCGUGUUGA